UAUAUUUUUUUUAGGAACUAAUGCCCGCAUUUUCGGCGUGUUAUCUAUUGAGUGUAUAAAAUCGAUGCGUCAUUGCUGGCCGCAAUUAAGUGCGUGUGGGCCGAGAACGCAUUAGAAUAGACGAAAGGGAAGUGUGUGCAGCUAAAGAAUGCAUUACUCGUAUUCCUCGCUUGCUCCCCCUGGUGGGGUGGAUCAUCAUAAUCGCUGCCUCGGCAACCGUGCCUGGUGUGUCAAGGACAUUUGUGGCAUUGUGUGUGUCAUUAUGACCUGGCUGCUCAUAUUGUUUGCGGAAUUUGUCGUCUGUGGAUUGAUUUUGCUGCCGAGCUAUCGCAGCUAUACAGCUUUUAGCACAGUUAACAUGAUAAUAUUCCAAGCGCUUGCAUUCCUCGCAUUUGUCUCACACUUGCGCACCAUGCUCUCGGAUCCGGGCGCUGUGCCGCGUGGUAAUGCCACUAAGGAGAUGAUUGAACAGAUGGGCUAUCGUGAGGGUCAGAUGUUCUACAAGUGUCCUAAAUGCUGCAGCAUCAAGCCUGAUCGGGCCCAUCACUGCUCUGUGUGCCAGCGCUGUAUACGCAAAAUGGAUCAUCAUUGUCCUUGGGUGAAUAAUUGCGUUGGCGAGAACAAUCAAAAGUAUUUUGUACUAUUCACGUUUUAUAUUGCUUCUAUAUCGGUACACACACUCUUCUUAGUGCUUUCGCAGUUUGCGGAAUGCGUUCGAAACGAUUGGCGCACUUGCUCGCCCUACUCACCGCCAGCAACCAUCUUUCUGUUGCUCUUUCUCACAUUCGAGGGCCUUAUGUUCGGCAUAUUCACCAUUAUAAUGCUUGCCACCCAACUGAAUGCCAUACUAAACGAUCAGACGGGCAUUGAGCAACUGAAGAAGGAGGAGGCGCGUUGGGCUAAGAAGUCGCGCCUUAAGAGCAUUCAGUCGGUAUUCGGACGUUUCUCGUUGGCUUGGUUCUCACCGUUUACGGAGCCGUCGAGUCGCACCAAAUUUAGUCCACAUUUCUAUUCAGUGUGAGGAGAAGGCAUCGCAGGAUGUUAGCUUAAACGAACAAUAAUCCCCACAAACACACGUUGCACUCACCUGUUGAUUAGGUGUGCUGUGUCUGGUGUGUUUGUAUUUCUGUCUAUAUGUAUGUGUGUGUGUACAAGUAUUUACUUAAGCUCAAACUGAAUGGACAUGUGUUGCAUGUGCAAUACGAUUAUACUUACACUAAUACUUAAUUAUUUAAUUGCAAAUGAGAGAUUUUACUUUUGUGAGCGCAUUGUGCGAGUAUUUAUUUUGUACAGAGAAAAUAAACUUUCAAAACAUG